AGCAAACCCUUACCAUUCAUUCCUAACUCUGACAGCAAACCCUUACCAUUCAUUCCUAACUCUGACAGCAAACCCUUACCAUUCAUUCCUAACUCUGACAGUAAACCCUUACCAUUCAUUCCUAACUCUGACAGCAAACCCUUACCAUUCAUUCCUAACUCUGACAGCAAACCCUUACCAUUCAUUCCUAACUCUGACAGCAAACCCUUACCAUUCAUUCCUAACUCUGACAGCAAACCCUUACCAUUCAUUCCUAACUCUGACAGUAAACCCUUACCAUUCAUUCCUAACUCUGACAGCAAACCCUUACCAUUCAUUCCUAACUCUGACAGCAAACCCUUACCAUUCAUUCCUAACUCUGACCGCAUCAAAAAUAGACUCAAGGUAAUCAGAUUAAUCCUUUACACAAAAGUAUUCUAA